AACAUUGCUGAGGAUAACUAGCUCAAGAGGGAAAAUUGAUUUUCCAACCACUGGAAAGAGACAGAAUGAGUUCGCAAUGCUUUCUCGACUGAAUGUGAUUCUCAUCACGUAGAUAGUAUAUUGGAUUUUUGCUAUUGCUCUGAUAUUCGUGUAAAAAUGUAAAUAUGUAAAAAUAGUAGGUAAUGAUAUCACACGAAGUUAACUUUUUUGUAGAUAGUGAUAAACGGUCAAGGAAUCGUGAGCAACAUUCCAAAAUGACCGUGAAACCGAGUUUUGACUUUGAAGAACAUAUGGAAAAAUAUGAUUUAGAGAGCUCAGCAAUUCACAGAAAGCUUCAAAGCAAAGUGGAGGCUCUCAAAAUCAUGCGAAACGAGCUGGAGAAGUUCCGUUCUGAACGGGAUCAGUUUAAACUGAUGGCCGAAACCCUUCAAAUGCGAUACUCAGCCAUGAAAAGCAGCCUUAACUCGCCGGAAUUCCAGGCCGCGGGUUUCGGUCACAGUUCCGCCGUUAGCCUGCUGGUGAAUCAAACUCGGGAGCGAAACAUGUCCUUGAGCACAGAGGUGGAAGCACUCCGGCAACGGGUCUACGAGCUUCAGGGCGACAUUGAGGCUUUGCGAACGAAGAACUGCGAACUGCAAUCGAGUUUCAAUAAACUGAAAUCGUCCGAGGAGUCGAAGCUCAAAGAACGGAACGGUGUCGUCUGGCAAGAGGAAAAAUCCAGACUGAUUGCACAGAUGGAAAAUCUGAAGAAAAAGAACGCCCAAUUGCAAUACGAUUUCCGAUCGCUGCUGGACGAAAAAGAGGAUGUAGUUAUGGAGCGAGAUGCGUACAAAUGCAAAGCUCAUAGGCUAAAUCAUGAGCUAAGCGUAAUGCUCAAGGAUGACAAAUCACAGCAGAAGAUUUUGGACAUAGAUGGGUUGAUCCUGGAGAAUAAGUAUCAGCAGGAGAAGAUUACGAACUUGGAAAAUGAGUUGGAAUUGUCUCGACAGUCGGCCACCAAGUAUAAGAAUAUGCUAGACACCAAACGGAAAAAAGGAAUCAUCAAGCUUGGCACUAACAACAAUCAAAGGGUCAUGUCACACUCACAAGUGAAAGAUCUUCUGGAACGCGGAACCGUGGAAGAGCUACCCCUCAAAGCCGCCACCAUAUCGGAGCUGAAGUCGCUUUGCCUAGCUCUGCUGGACAACGUGAACGACAAAAGUUUAGCUUUGUCGCACCAGAAGAAAACCAACAAACUACUGGCUGCCAAAAUAACCGAACUGGAGCAGCGGAUACUCGCUUUAACUGGGUCAAAUGAAGUGGCUGCGACAUCCAGCUUUUCGCCAUCCCAGAUUCUUUUGAACGGGUACACUUCGGCGACCGUCGAUUUGGAUCUGAGCGAAGAGCUCAAGCAACUUAAGAUUGGAAACCAUUCCGAGCUCAGUGACAAUAGCGCCGAAGGCGCUGGAGGUAGUGGACAAGCCGAAGGAGCCAGCACAAACACCUCUCAAGGCCUAGCGGCCGAAUUGCUCUCGUCCGAAUCGAACAAAAGUCUUCCUAGCUGCUCGGAAAUUGGUGCACACGAUUACGAACGGGAGUCUUCAUCCGAUUUGACGUCCAAUGCGGAAGAAGGUACCGGAAUCUUGUUGGAACCCUAUAUCAAGGCCAGUCGCAGUGGAUCUACGGACAGUAAGCUUCCCGAGCUGCCACCGGAGAUCGCCGAACUUGUGCGGCAAUUAUCAGAUAGUAUGGACGAUAGUGCUAAUUGAGAGCGGAUGGAUUUAAUUAACACUUCUGAUCAUCUUGAGGCUUCAUUCAAGCACCGACUUACUUCAUCUUUUUCAAAGUAAUUGUGACGAGUAUAUUCACCAUUCACCGGACACGUGUAAAAUACACAAAAAUAAAUAUUAGAAAGAACUGA